UUUUUCUCGGUCGGUCUUCACACUUUGCAUGUUUUAGACGACUGUCCGUACAGGUGUGUCUGGACGUUGGUGCGUAAUAUGCUGGUGGCACAAUUUGCGUGUUUGUCACUCGCGAUGUUCGGCGUUGCGGAGAGAAACGCGCGUCUUCGCGGGGGGGACUCUGCUUUUGCGCCGCUGCCACUGGAGUCCGUGCAAGCGGGGUAUGUGCACCCACUUUAACGCCGCGGACCAACAAGCUGGUGUAAUCCGUAGCAGAUGCAUGGGAGCAAAACGACGGGCUCGUUUUCUGCACCAACGGUGGACGAGCGGAGCCGCAGGAGGUGCGUUUGAAGGAGGAUUUCAGUUCUGAGGAUUAGGUGACGCGCAGAAAUCACGGCUGUGAAAAGGCGGCGCGCUACUUUUACCCCGGGGGCUGAUUUGCUUCGGCAAUUAGAUUUUUUUUUUGUUGUUGGCCGGAGCCCGUGAGACGCAGCUUGUACCUGACAGAUGUGUGGCAUCACUACUGCAGCCUACAGAGCGUGUAUCCUGUUGUCUCGCAGCUGAUCUGCUGCGGUCCUCUGUGGAGAACUGAUACUGCUGCAGCUGCAAAUCUCACAAUCAUCAUUACGGUCAUCAUCAACAUCUGCCGCUUCACGAGGCGACGAGGUGCUUUUCUGGCCGAGCGACGCGUGGCGUGGACGACGACUCCGGCGAAGCUCGCUCUGACAGCAUCAUGAGAUAAUUAAGGACCAGCAAGCGAAUUGCUGCGUUUUCAGCUUUUUUUUUUUUUUUUUUUUUUUUUAAACACUUUGGCGCUGAUGCUUUUCAGUGUGUCAGUUGCCUGACAUGCUCAAUGUGGAGUUCUAGCCCGGGGCACAGCCAGCAGCUGACAUGGCACGUCCGGGAUCCGGGCUACUGGUGCCCGUCAACGGGUUGGGCUACCCCCCCCAGAACCUGGCCCGGGUGGUGGUGUGGGAAUGGCUGAACGAGCACGGACGCUGGAGGCCCUACGGCGCCGCCGUCUGCCACCACAUCGAGAACGUGCUGAAGGGGGACGCCCGCGGGACGGUGGUCCUGGGGCAGGUGGACGCCCAGCUGUCUCCCUACAUCAUCGACCUGCAGUCCAUGCACCAGUUUCGACAAGACACGGGCACCAUGCGGCCGGUGCAGAGGAACUUCUACGAGCCCUCAUCCGCCCCCGGGAAGGGCGUGGUGUGGGAGUGGGAGAACGACGGCGGCUCGUGGACGCCGUACGACAUGGAGAUCUGCGUGACCAUCCAGAACGCCUAUGAGAAGCAGCACCCCUGGCUGGACCUCACCUCCCUGGGCUUCUGCUACCUCAUCGACUUCAACGGCAUGUCCCAGACCAACCGGCAGAGCCAGCGCAAGCGGCGGCUGCGGCGGCGCAUGGACCUGGCCUACCCGCUCAUCAUGGGCUCCAUCCCCAAGUCACAGUCCUGGCCCGUAGGCACCAGCUCCGGCCAGCCGUGCUCCUGCCAGCAGUGCAUCCUGGUCAACAGCACCAGAGCCGCCUCCAACGCCAUCCUGGCGUCGCAGCGGCGGAAGCUGUACGGCGGCGGCGCUGCCGCGGGCAACCCGGGCGCCGCGGGAACCCUGAACCCGGUGCGCCCGAGCAACACCUUCGCCGGGACCUCCCUGUGGUCGUCAUCGUCGGCGACGUCCGCCUCCUCCGGCGCCAACAACAACAAUAUAAGCGCGGGGGGCGGGCAGGCCAAAGCCGAGCAGGUGCCGGCGCUGCUGUCCAACGCCAACUUCCCCUGCUCCCCCGUGAUGCCGUCGCUCUCGUCCGCCCACGCCCACCACGCUCUCACCAUCAACGGGCAGAACAACCUGAACCGGCCGGGCACCCAGCGCAUCUCCAUGGGCAGCGCCAGGGGGACCAUUCCACCAGGUGUUCCUGCCCUCCCAGUGAAGAACCUGACUGGAUCCGGACCCGUGCAUCCAGCGCUGGCAGGUAUGACAGGUAUCCUGAUGUGCGCUGCAGGUCUGCCGGUUUGCCUGACUCGAGCCCCCAAGCCCAUACUGCACCCGCCACCCAUCAACAAGAGUGACAUGAAGCCCGUGCCAGGGAUCAAUGGCAUGCGCCGCAAAACCAAGAAGAAGCAUCUGAGGAGAGGCAAAAACCCAGAGGACGUGGUGCGAAGAUACACGGAGAAAAUCAAAGUGGCGCCAGACGAGGACUGCACCAUCUGCAUGGAAAGGCUGGUGAUGUCAUCGGGCUACGAAGGCGUCCUGCAGCACAGAGGCAUCAAGCCAGAGCUGGUGGGCAAGCUUGGCAAGUGCGGCCACAUGUACCAUCUGCUGUGCCUGGUGGCCAUGUACAACAAUGGCAAUAAGCAGGACGGCAGCCUCCAGUGCCCGACGUGCAAAACCAUCUACGGGGAGAAAACGGGCACCCAGCCCCCGGGGAAGAUGGAGUACCACGUGAUCCCCCACUGCCUCCCCGGCUACGCAGACUGUAGGAGCAUCCGCAUCGUCUACGACAUUCCUGCCGGGAUCCAGACCAACGAGCACCCCAACCCCGGGAAGAAGUUCAGUGCCAGAGGGUUCCCUCGCCACUGCUACCUCCCAGACAACGACAAGGGGCGGAAGGUGCUGAAGCUGCUCAUCACGGCCUGGGACCGGCGCCUGAUCUUCACCAUCGGCACGUCCAGCACCACGGGCGAGUCGGACACGGUGGUGUGGAACGAGAUCCACCACAAGACCGAAUUCGGCUCCAACCUGACGGGCCACGGGUACCCCGACCCCAACUACCUGGACAACGUCCUGACGGAGCUGUCGGCCCAGGGGGUUGGCGAGGACAACCUGAAGGACUGACGGCCAGCUGAGGUGGCACGAAGGAACACAAGUCGCCUCCCCGGCCGCCGAGUCGGGCUGAAAAUGCAGCCGUCGCUCUUUACUUCCCACGGACACGGAUAUUCCACAGAGAAGGUGGCGCAAGAGCAAUAGAAGCAAAACACAUGACAUGGGUGUGAUCAAUAUUUUGAUUAUUUUGAUUUAUACAUGCUGACAUCUCUUCUGCGCUCAUCCAUCCUUAGCAUAUUGUUUCAAUGCCAGAUGUUCCCAGAGGGUUGAAAAGUGCAAAGACUGCCUGGGUGUAACUAGCUGCAGGUAAAUGGCCUUUGACCUCUGUUAGACUGAAGCUGUUUCUGUCCGUAACGAAGGGCCUAAACCAUACAAGAGCGUAUUAGUUGAUGCUACACUGACGAAACCAACGCUGUAUGCUGGAUUGGUGGAUCGGCCGUUGCUUGAUAUUGUCAAGCUACAUUUAAGAGAAGCUCAUAUUUACUAAAGAACCUAGAUUCGUAAUUCCUCUCCCUCUUUUAUUCUAAUAAUAAUUUGUUAUUGUUCCGUGAAAAGUGGUGAACCUUGGUUUUGUGAUUCGAAGGCCUCUGGGCGUGUUGUUUAGGUUGCACUGGGCAUUUCUGACGCUUUCCACCCCUGAUACAGAUCAGCGGCUCAGUAACACGGACGUGUGUUCUGUAGUGCAUGAAGUAGAUGCCGGAGAGCCGAAGCCUAUGAAUUAUUAAUGUGUGUAUGUUGUUGGCCAACCUUGUGGGUUAUGAUGAAACACGCAUCUCACCAGUCACUUUGAUGCUCGUUCGGCGGCGUUGGGACUCGAAAGGCUGCGGUUGCGGGGCGGCGUUCGCUGCGCUCCAAGGUUAAACACAUUUGUUCUGUUGACACACUGACGACGCCGGCCUCUGUGAAUAUAAAGGCUGCUUUUCCCCGCUCUCCUCGGUGGAGCACAUGCGGGCGCGAUCCAUCGUGCCGACCGUGAGGGGGGAGCGUGCGCCCGUGUGCUCCGAGGCAUUAACACGCGGGCUUUAGGUCCUCGGUGAGUGAAUGCACUUCCCACAGAUGGACGUUCCCCUUUCGGACGCCGGCAGCAUCCACCUCGGGCUGUGAACCUCCUCGCCUGCAGUCUACAGGUUCUUUUAGGCGGCCGACCGGGCUCGGCGGCUUGUGAAGAGAGCGUCUUCGCAAACAGCUGAUGUACGGUGCCGCCUUCCCUCCUCCUCAGCAGCACGAGAUCCAUGCAGAUGGAAGCUCCCUGAUUUGAUGCGUCUUUACGAAGAUGAAAGACACCCCAGCGCUGCAUAAUAUCCACAAAUGUAUCUAAUGAGUUUUGAUGAAAGUGCAGUGUGGGCACUCAGCUGUGGGCUUCAGUUUAGAGCGAAUCAUAGUCUUCCAUUGCACUUUGAGGCAAGCAGCUCUGUUUGAUGUGUUUAAUUUAUGUAGAAAAUCUGCAACUAAAUCUUUAUAAACUCUGAUGCUUUGAACGCAAUAUAUAUAUUAGACAUUUGCAGACGUGAUAAACCUUUAAAUUUGAGUCAGUGGUGUAAGUUUAAUUUAUUUUUCUACUCUACAACUAUACGGACUGGCCCAUAGUUCUAUACACAUGCAAGCGUAAAGAUGAAUACAUGAAAAUCUGGCAGAACAUGUCAGUAUGUCAGGGACUGUUGAAACAUGUAUGACAUGCUGUGGACGUCUUAUAUUACACAUAGUCUUAGCAAACGCUGCUGUCGUUAUGUUAAUGUCGAAUCCGGGAUUUCGGUAACUACAGAUGUGUGGUUGUUAUUGGUGCGGGAGCCUCAGCAGCGUAGACACUGCUGCUCCCUCACGCUGAUUUACUCCGUUAUUGGACGUGAGGGUUUCAUAAACUAUUUUCUACUCUUCAUUGUUGUUCAGUCCUCAGUUGAAAACACACGGGGGGUUCAAGCAUCGGCUGCAGAUGUUCCUAAAGUUCGUCCAAAGCAGCAGGCGACGCGCUUUAACCAAAGUGAUUGUCAGAUGUCUUUUCUUAAGGUGGGUUCGAGGGGGGGGGGCGCUCGCUCGGUUCCUUUUUAUUAAUGGCGCUGAGAGAACCGUCAGCCGGAUCCGCAGCUCUACAGGGAGCGUCCGCUCACCUGUUGGCCCAACCUCUAUAUAAACUACAUCAGAACCGCAUCGCGUGUCGCUUCUACUGGUUCCGGCCGAUCAGCUCAAUCAGUUUUGUUGUUUUAAAGCCGCAAACGUCCAAGCUGUCGCCGACCACUAACAGUAGUUGCAUGAAUUGGCCCCAGGAACCGAAACGCAUCGGUGUUUAGACUCUAUCAGGGAAUUUCUGUUGUAAUAACUAGAGGAAUCCAAAUGUUUGCUCCUUUGACCUCUCCUUUGCGCGCGUCGGUCUCGUGGUGUGAACGAUGCAGGGCCCUUUAGACUCUUCAGGUGUGUAUGGACUUACGAUGACUGAGUCACGCUUCGAUAUGUGUCUGAUUAAAGAAGAGAGAGACGGUGUUUAUGCAAUUUACUAUUUUUAAACAUAUAACACAUCAUUUAUGUGUAGCAAGAAGGCGAUUUCCUGUUUUGGACGAUUCCUUUAUGGGGUGCCUUCCUCCAGGGUUCAGAAUGAAUGGGCCGCCGUUUAAGGACAUUCACAUGCUACGUGUUAGAAAAUAUAUAUUUUUGAUGUCUUUUUUGAAUGAUGAUUGUCUCUAAAGGAAAUAUUGCAUAACAUGUAUUGCUGUAUUACUCUUACUAAGACGCGUUCCAUGCUGUUUUUCCAUUUGAGCGCGGCGGCCGUGAACCGCCCGUCUCCGCCGCCUGCGCCGGUGCGUGAUCGCGUCCGCGUCCACCAGACAACGCUUAGGUCCAUGUCCUUCGGAGACACGCGUUCUCCUGGAGGUGCGUGUCAGCCAGACCGUGAGCCGGCUGCAGAGCCCCGCGCAUACGAACGCGUCCCAGCUUCUGCCGGAACCUCCCCGGCUCCGGCGGGCUGCUCAGCGCCGCGGCCUUCGUUACGCAGGUUCUGACGGAUCUGAGGCCGGGGCAGCGUUUGGCUGCGCUCCACGUUCGCAUUUUAAGCGCCCGCUUUGAUUUGACUUGUCUUCAGAUCACGUCUUUUGCGGUUUGAUUUCUCCCAAGCGGUGUCCUUCACAUUGCUAUUUAAAAUGGCUCAUCAAGAGCAACUGAGAUAAGCAUAAAGCAAGAUAUUGAAAGACAUUGAUUCAACUAUAAAGGGCUUCUUUAUCUAUCAGUCUUUAUCGAAUUGUGAUGACCUUGUUGCAUGUUUGUGUUUCUUGUGUAAAAAUAAAUGUACCCUCGUCGGGGGGAGUUUGUUUGA